AUGGUUUCGCAUACCUUCACGGCGACAAACAGCUGCAGACGUGUCCAAGCCCAACCUCAUCGCCGUCCAAAGGUGACCCUUAGCAAGGAGGCUCGUGCAGCUCUAACUGCCCAACGUCGCAAUAAAUCACGUCAAUUUAAGACAGCUCUUCACAAUGCUUGGAGCGAGCUUGACGAUACUGUGAAGGCCAUCGCGUCCUCGCAUCAUAAGAGUUUUCGUCGCGUCCAGAAUGACUUGUGCAUGGGCCGCGGGAUGUUACGCUACCAACGUUCAAAGUUGAGUGCAUGGAACGCGUUCUGCUGGAAGAAGCGCCAUGAAGAGAAGGACAACGGGGCCACGGGCAAGACUGUAUUGCAAGAUCUCGUUAGGGACGAGAACCGCACUGAAUAUCGCAGUCUCACGGACGACGAGAAGGCACAGCUUUUGCAGGAGUACCAGGAACACAGGGAGACGAAGGCUACUGGCAUCCGUAUCUCAACAAAAUCGAAAGUCAACGACGUAACACAGACACUCAAGGCUGUCGAGAAUGAGCUCAGCAAUCUGAAGAUGCGGACGGGUGCCGAGACUAUUCUCUACACGACACGCUGCUCCACAGAUCUCCCCCUCCGUGGUAUUUCUUUUGCAACCGAAGGAGUUGACGAGUUCAUGAGCUCUGUGAUGAAUAUCGAUAACCAGGAUCUCGUGAGUAAGAUGGAGGGGUUUGCUGUCCAGGGCAUGAAAGGCGCUGCAAGAAAUCACAAAAAACGCGUAUCAGAUAUUCGGAGCACAAUCCGACUUGAGAUCAACAAGACACUUCAGGGAAUCACACAGGAUCCGAAAGCACGGAUGCAUUGGGCGCACUACUGGCGCAAUGUCGUCCAACGCUACCUUGUCGUCAUCGAAGGCUGGCCCGAAAAUAUUCCUUUUGUCAACCUUAGCACCGUAUCCAGUGCCCUCCCUGACUUGGAGAUGCUUUUGAAUAAAUGGGAAACCGGAGAAAUCCAUUGGAGGGACCUGGAAGAAGAUGAGUACGAGAAACUUCGUCAAGAACAUUGUGAGAAGGUCAGCAGCGGUGAGGUCAUUGAAAAACGCCGCCGGACUCGCUCUGACAAAGGAAAGAAGCGCAACCAGCCUUUGGACAAUUCUGGUCACCGCAGGAAAAUGUAUAAGAGUGCUGAAACUGUUGUAAGUGAUGAUGAGUCGGAUGCACCUGGCAAUACGGCCACCCAUGAGCAUACACCUACCGUUAAUGCCCCUUCUGGCCGUAUAACAAACCCUGGGCCCACACCAUCCACUCCGCCCACUAUCCCAAGCCCAUCACCCACUCCGCCCGCUAUCCCAAGUCUGUUCCUCCCUGAGAUUAGAUCACCUACUCCGCCCGCUAUCCCAAGUCUGUUCCCCCCCGACGACGAUAUGUUUGGCAUGUCCAAUUACUUGCCUGCAGGCAGCCCUGGUGCUGGUCCAUCUAUUGGCACGAGGUCAUCCGAAUUUAAUUUUCUAGAAUUCAUGAGCUUUGAUUAG